GACACCCCAAAUCUCCUUGAUAACUGCGAAACUGUACACAUCUCAUCACUCGCGCUGCUGAAGAUGUUAAGACACGGACGGGCUGGUGUGCCUAUGGAAGUUAUGGGUCUGAUGUUGGGUGAAUUCGUGGAUGAAUAUACGGUACGGGUAACCGACGUGUUUGCGAUGCCUCAGAGCGGUACAGGUGUCAGUGUCGAGGCUGUGGACCCCGUUUUCCAAACUAAGAUGAUGGACAUGCUGCGGCAGACUGGACGACCGGAACCUGUUGUUGGUUGGUAUCACUCGCACCCGGGAUUCGGAUGCUGGCUUUCUUCCGUCGAUAUCAACACCCAACAGUCGUUUGAGCAGCUUACGCCCCGCGCUGUCGCCGUGGUCGUCGAUCCAAUCCAGUCCGUGAAAGGCAAGGUUGUCAUCGAUGCCUUCCGACUCAUCCAGCCACAAACCGUCGUUAUGGGUCAAGAACCCCGACAAACCACAUCCAACCUUGGUCACCUGAACAAACCGUCAAUUCAGGCUUUGAUCCAUGGCCUGAACAGACAUUACUACAGCAUCGGCAUCAACUACCGCAAGACAGGACUGGAGGAGAACAUGCUGAUGAACCUGCACAAGCACGUCUGGACCGAGGCGUUGCAGAUGAAUGACUUCCACGACGAAUGUCAGCACAAUGUUGACCGCAUGAAGCAGCUCGUUAACCUGGCCGAAGGCUAUGAAAAGCGAGUGAAGGAGGAAACGGAGCUCUCCAAGGACCAGCUAAAGACACGAUAUGUUGGAAAGGUGGAUCCCAAGAAGCACAUCGAAGACGUGAGCCAACAAUUGAUCGAGGACAACAUCGUUGCGGUUUCACGACAGAUGAUUGAUAAGGAAGCGUCGGUGGCACGGCAAUCGAACGGCAAGGGCCCUCAGAAUGGCACCGGCAUGGAUGUCGAUGAAGAGCUAUAG